AUGCUCCGUACACCGCCCCUACUCUUCCUUUCCGCCAUGCUCGUAGACCUCAUCUUAGCCAUCACACUCAUCUCGCUCUUCGCCUCCGCAUACCCCGAUCGAUUCCGUACCGCCCUCUGGCGAAACGGUGGCUCCGAAGGCUGGAAUUCUGAUCCCCAGCAACGUGUGUACGACUAUGCAAACUACCGCGAGUCGCCUCCCAUGCCCUUGAUUUGGGAUCAAAGUUCCACAAUGUUCCACCUGGUGAUCGCCGUCAUAGCGCUCUUUGUAUGGAUCGUGCGCUUCCAAGUCAAUUGCCUUAGUGGAUACGUACUCGACCUUCAUGCGAGUAUCAUGACGAACGCAAUAUACGAUAUACUUCUGGUCGGCCUCUAUGCAUCUAGCGCGGUACUUCAGAACUCGGGUGACUUUUCGGAUCCUGGACAUAUCGGUUUGAGGCCUUGGUAUCUGGAGCGGGGGUGUAAGGACGCGUGGGAGCGGACACGGGGUGGGUGUGAAGUUAUGAGGGUGUCAUAUGGCGUGACGGUGUUUGCUGUGAUAUGGUGCUGCCUCCGCUUCAUGACGACAUGUUUGUAUCUUGCAUACAUACUUGGCAGAGAGCAUGAGAUUCAAGAUGUGUUGCCCGAUUACGAUGAAUUUUCCGAAUGCAAAAACAUGGGUCACAUAUCUUGA